AUGUCGUUCCCGGAUACAGACCAGCAUCCUACCACACGAGAUCUUUACACCGCUAUUGGAUAUACCCGAGUGUUGAGUGAAGCCGACGAAGACUUUCUCGUCUUCUCCGAUGAGCUCGACAAACAGCGAUUCCCUUUCGAUCCACGCCAGGCUAUGGUCUAUGAUGUCGCCGGGAAUGAGUCGCAUUUCUCGCUUGACAGAUGCGGUUUCCAAUGGUACAAGCAUCUCAGCAGCAUGGCUGCUGAGCAAGACUUCGAAGACGAGCUCAAGAUUGAAACGAUCUAUAUCCCUGAGAUGGAGAAGUUCCUUCGUGAGGUGUUGAAGGCCUCGCAUGUUACCAUCUUCAAUCACUUCGUCCGCAGGGAAGGCUGCCACCCAGGUCCGGUUCCUGAAUUCCAUCUUGACAGCUCGAUAGCAUUCGCUCAGACGCUCGCCCAAUACUACAAAACGACCCGCCGUCUCUCGCAUAUGAACGUGCGCGAGAUGCACGUCAACGUAUGGCGGCCACUCCGACCAGUAUUGAACUCACACCUCGCACUUCUCGAUGCCUGCACUCUGGUACCGGACGUCGACGAGAUUCCUCUCACAUUCGUGUCGCAGAACCCGCGCAACCCACGACGCUCCACGCAUUAUCUUCGCUAUAGCCCAUGGCAUCGCUUCUUUUAUCGCUCUGAGAUGGGUACAGAAGAUGUCAUCAUCUUCAAGACUUUCGACAGCAAAGUUGAUGGGAGAGCGAGACGAGUCGCUCACGGCUCUGUGAAGGACCCACAAGUACCCGAGAAUUUGUGUCCUGGACGAGCGAGUAUUGAGCUCCGAGCAAUGGUGUUCUUUGAAGGUGAAAGCAGGGAGUGA